AUGACAAACUGGGCGACGAGACGGUCGUCCCUUUCUCCGCAUAUAAGGGGCUUGGGACAUUCUACACAUCACCGUGUACUUUUAAACCAAACCAUAUCUCAAGCUUUCCCGCCCCCCAAAUCCAUCCGAACCAAGAAACUGAAAUCCCUACCAAACCCUAACCCUAACCCUAGAUCCUUCUCCCCUAAUCACCCAGUCCUUCUCAUCGGCACCGUUGACCUUCAGACCCCUGAAGAUUGCGACGGAACUUCAUGCGGGGGCCACUGCUUCUCUUUCUCCGAUGCCUCCUCUAGGGUUUGUUGCUCCAUUGUUGAUCCUAGAGACCUCAGCUUCGUUGGCCGGAAAAUCCACGUCCUCGCUUGGAAUUUUCUCCCUUUCAAGCAUAAAAAAGGAGUCUUGGAGAUCGCCAGGUGGAUGUUGCCGGCGUCGGUGCGGAUGAGUGCAGAUCCAAAUCCCGAGCCCUCUUUCUCAGCCCCGAUGAGGCCUCACAGUUUUACUUCUGUCGGCGCUCUGAAGUCGAUCAGUCCGAUAUUUAGCGUUCCGUGUAAGAAUCGAGUGUUUGAUGGAAAGUCGACUGGGUUUCUCGCUGAGAUACUUACUUGUGGCUGUGAUCGAUGCUGUAACUUUGAUAACUUUGAUAUCAAGAACCCUGCUUUAGACCCGAGCGAACAUUCCUUUGUUAGCCCAAACUUUGUUUAUUUUCUCAAACCCGCGUGUAAGUGGAGGCCAGUGAUGAACUUGCUAGUGGGAAAGUUGAUCGUGAUUUCGGGGCUGAGGAAAAAGAAGAUCGUUGUUCGGAAAGAUGUGACGCAUGAAAUGUUCCUGAGUACAGAAUGGACUGUGGUUUCUUUGUGUCAGUUGCCUUUGGCAGUUGCAUCGAUUUUGAAGGAUGAAGAGGUGUACAAUGGGGUUGUUACUGGGGUUUAUAUGAACGGGAUGGCGGUCGAGCUGGAUUCGAAGGUCUGGCUUGUGCUUACUGAAAAGGGGAUUCCUCCGCCCCAUUCUGUUAGAGUUGGUGCUAUCAUAUCUGUUAAAAACUUUCAUCAUCUACAUCUCAAGUUUUCUUGGAUUGAGAUGCAUCUCCUUGGAACUUUUGCCAGGACCAGUAUUGAUGUCAAAAGCUUUUCAGUGGCUCAUACAAGAUCUUAUGUACGUGCAGAAGGUCAGAGAAUGUUAGGGAGGUUUAUUGAGUCUCUCACACCAUGUACGAAAUUUUGGAUGUUACUUCUGAUUUCUUGCUUCCGGAGAAAGUUUGCUAAAAUGUUCUCCAACGAGGAAAUAUUGGGCUCGAAAAAUUGUCUAACAUUAGUACUUGCAAGUUGUGGACAGCAAGAAGGGUUAGCCCAAGUAUAUGCUCGAAGGUAUCUGGAUUCCCACUUCUUUCAGUCUCAGCAUGGGAUUUUCAUGGAGUUCUUCGAGCAUGGAGAGUACACUUGUGAGAAGGAAUCCAGUAUGUCAUCCCUUAAGCUGGUGACACCCAUUUCUAAUCUUAUUAGCAAAUGCGAAGCAUUAUGGGCAUCUAAAAUUUCAAAAGCACCGUGUAAUGCUGAAACAUUUCAUAGAGAUGACUGUGGUAAUUGUUCUACCAGUAAAGUAGCUUCUUGCUGCUGUACAAUCAGAAGAGUUAUAUCAAGUGAAGAUCUAGGUUGUAUUUUAAUGGGCACUCUCAAGGUUUCACCCCCAGGGAGCUUGCAGUUGGUUGAUGCAACCGGAAGUAUAGAUGCUGUGAUACCAGAUCUUCUGUCAGAUAUCAGUUAUCGGAACAUUUAUGAGGUUAAAAAUUAUAAACUUAUUAUGGAGGGCUCACCUGUGCAAUCGGAUUGUAUGGGGUUGCAAUCUGUCGAAGCAUUCUCAUGCAAGAAUAUCUUUGACCAGCUUCCUUUGAAGAAAGUAUUAGAUCACCUUACAGUUUAUGUUGUCUUUUAUCUUAGAGACUCAUAUUGUCUCAAUGUUCCUUUCCAAAUUCCUACUUUCAAUAUGGGGAAUGAUGUCAUCAGUAUUACUGGCGGAACAACUCAGUUGUUGCUUGUAACUCACAAAUUUCCUGCCAUUAAGAAUAUUGAUCCAAUUGAAGGCCAUCCACUAUAUUCCAACAAUAUUUUGUUUGCGGAAGCCAUUGUCUUGCCUUAUAAGCUAAUUCUGCAAAAUGACAGUGAUUGUAGCAUACCUGCUAAUGCAUUGCGUGUCAAGCUACUUGAAGAAUACAUAGCAGAA